UCCAGGACCCCGUGGCAGCCGCCCAGCUAUUUCCUGUUCCACCCUGCAGCUGAACUGCCCUCAGUGUUGGAGCCUUCAUGACGGAGCUGGGCUCCUUCUGCUGGGACGGACCAGGACUCAGCUCCAGUUCCAGGUUUUCAUUCUGAAGCCAGAUGAUGCGGGACUGAGGAGGGAGGAGGAUGAUCACAGCAGACGAGCUGACCAGCUCUCACAUGGACUCUUUUCUCCCAGAACUGCUGACAGACCAGGUCCAAGCCGGGAUCUAAAGCUUUCCAAGCAGAGCAGGUCUCAUCCAGGACGGAGCAGCUUCUUUCUGUAAAAGUCGGUCUCAGGUUUCCUCUUCAGACUUUACAGAACUUUGUGAGGCGGUUCUGGGUUUUAUGGACCUCACAUAAACAGCCGCUGGCUCAGAGGUUAUUGGACUGGUCUGGAAAUGUGAGGUGUCAAAUCCGUCUGCUGCUGGUGUUUGUGUUCGGCUUCCCCACAAACCCGGAGCGUGGGGAGGAAAACGGAGCUGUGAUCUGCCUGGAAUUACAUCCUAAAAUCUCUCAGGGUUUAAUUCCACAGCUGAAACUAGAGAGGAUCUGCAGCUGAAGGUGUCACCUGUGAGACAGAAUGGAGCCUGUGAAAAGAGACAUGGAGCUGCUCAGUAACGGCAUGGCGACCUAUGCCCACAUCAAAGCCAAUCCGGAGAGCUUUGCCCUCUACUUCAUGAUGGGGGUCUGCUUCGGGCUGCUCAUGGCGCUCUGCCUCCUGGUGGCCGGCAUCGCAUGCAGGACUCGCCGCCACAGCAGACCUCCUCCAUCCCCAGAGAGGAGACAGCUCAAAGACUCCAGUGAGGAGGAGAGUGUUGGGGAGGAGGAUGAUGAUGAAGAGGCAGAGGUUGCCAACGUGACUUUGGGGCCCCUGAGCAACCACAGCAGCCAAUCGAACGGCACUCUGAGGAGUGUGAACGUGUUUGCUUCAGCGGAGGAGCUGGAGAAGGCGAGGCGGUUGGAGGAGCGUGAGCGAAUCGUCAGGGAGAUCUGGAGGAACGGGCAGCCGGACAUCCUGGUGUCGGGGACGGGGACGAUCGGACGAGUGCAUUACCACUAACAGCGAGCCUAAAUAUUUCAACGUUGACUGUGAGGAGGUGCAAAGACGUCGCCAUAGAAACAGAGUAACCGGAUCUGUUCAUCUCAGCCGGUUUCAGUUAAUAAAACUAGCAGGUUUAAAAUGAAAGCUGCAGCAUCAGGACCAGGUGUUGGUGCAGAUCCUCGGCUCCCUCCAGAUUUAGUAGCAGUGUUCCUGAACUCAUUGUUCCUCAUUGAGGAAAUUUCCAGGACAGAAUAUUUCCAACACGGCAGAGUUAUGGGCCGACUGCUCUGAGAUACAACAUUCUACUGAAAUCUGAAUCAUCUUUUUCAGCAGUUUUCACCCAAACUUUCAACUUUUAGAUCACAACAAAACGUUAAGGAAGGAAAGUGGUUUUUAAAAUCAAAUACUAUAAAAUAUUAAAUAUAACCAGCAGCCACAACAUUAAAAACACUAAAAUAGUUAUGUGAUUUUAAACUUUUUCAUCAUUUACAUUUCAUAUAGUGGAUUUAUAAAUAUAAAUAUAACAUUUAGAUUUAGAUUAGGACAUCUAAAGUCAGUUCAGCUUGUGAUUUAUUUAUUCAAAUAAUGGCUGAUGGAUCAAGUUGGGGGAAAAAAAGUUAGUAAAACAAACAAAUUACAGAGAAGCAGAGAAAAUACAAAAGAUCGUUUAAAUAAAUAAAUCACAAGCUGCAUAAGCUCAGGUGGCUUCUUGCUGUAAAUAAAAUAAAAAUAUUUAGGCGAGAAAGAUCUGCAGCUGCAAGAGGAGAUUUAAAUCAUUCAGAUUUCCAAAUACAUCGCUGAGAUGGACCAGUUUGACCAUUAACUGCUCGUCAGACAUGCAGUCCUCCUCCAGACACACCUGAAGUUCCUCUCAAAGCACAAACACACCUGAUAAUGCAUCACCUGGCCAGCAUCACAGAGCUGAACCGGGAAAAGCCCAGCAAGUGUCAGAAAGGUCAGAAGCCAGUCCAGCUUUCAGGAGGCUAAACCCUGUUCUUACAUUAUAUAAUAAACCUUGUCUCACAAAGCUGCAUCUUCAACCACCGAUUCCUCCACUUUCCUCUGUCUGAACUGCUGUAGGAACCAGUGAUGUGAUCAUACCCAGUCUUCAUUAACAAACUGCACAGAAAUGGCUAAAAAUCUUCAGUUUCUGAGAAAUAAAUAAUUUUUCUGGAUGUUGCCACGUUACCGGAUGUUGCCACGUUACCGGAUGUUGCCACGUUACCGGAUGUUACCACGUUACCGGAUGUCAUCACGUUACCGGAUGUUACCACGUUACCGGAUGUCACCACGUUACCGGAUGUUAUCACGUUACCGGAUGUUAUCACGUUACCGGAUGUCAUUACGUUACCCGAUGUUACCACGUUACCGGAUGUUAUCACGUUACCGGAUGUCAUUACGUUACCGGAUGUUACCACGUUACCAGAUGUCAUUACGUUACCGGAUGUCAUUACGUUACCGGAUGUUACCACGUUACCGGAUGUUAUCACGUUACCGGAUGUUACCACGUUACCGGAUGUUGCCACGUUACCGGAUGUUAGCACAUUACCGGAUGUCAUUACGUUACCGGAUGUUACCACGUUACCGGAUGUUGCCACGUUACCGGAUGUUACCACGUUACCGGAUGUUAGCACGUUACCGGAUGUUGCCACGUUACCGGAUGUUGCCACGUUACCGGAUGUUAGCACGUUACCGGAUGUUGCCACGUUACCGGAUGUUAGCACGUUACCGGAUGUUAGCACGUUACCGGAUGUUAGCACGUUACCGGAUGUUGCCACGUUACCGGAUGUUGCCACGUUACCGGAUGUUAGCACGUUACCGGAUGUUGCCACGUUACCGGAUGUUAGCACGUUACCGGAUGUUGCCACGUUACCGGAUGUUAGCACGUUACCGGAUGUUGCCACCUUACCGGAUGUUACCACGUUACCGGAUGUUGCCACGUUACCGGAUGUUACCACGUUACCGGAUGUUGCCACGUUACCGGAUGUUAGCACGUUACCGGAUGUUAGCACGUUACCGGAUGUUAGCACGUUACCUGAUGUUGCCACGUUACCGGAUGUUAGCACGUUACCGGAUGUUACCACGUUACCAGAUGU